AUGAAUGAACUCAUGAAAAUCCUCGGCCAGACAGGCCAGGCCGCAACCUUCGAUCAGAUCCGGAUUCAGCUCGCUUCCAGCGAGCAGAUCCGUUCCUGGUCGUAUGGUGAAAUCAAAAAGCCCGAGACGAUUAACUAUCGUACGUUCAAGCCGGAACGUGAUGGGCUUUUCUGCGCGCGCAUUUUUGGUCCGAUCAAGGAUUAUGAGUGCCUGUGCGGCAAAUACAAGCGGAUGAAAUUCCGCGGUAUUAUCUGCGAAAAAUGUAGCGUUGAGGUUACGCUCGCCAAGGUGCGCCGUGAGCGUAUGGGCCACAUCCAGCUGGCCAGCCCGGUUGCCCAUAUCUGGUUCCUGAAAUCUCUUCCCAGCCGUAUUGGCCUGAUGGUCGAUCUGACCCUGAAGGAUCUCGAAAAGAUCCUUUACUUCGAGAACUAUGUCGUUCUUGAGCCGGGCACGUCACCACUGAAGCAGUACAGCCUUCUGAGUGAAGACCAGUAUCUUGAUGUUCUCGAUGAAUAUGCUGAAGACGGCGUUGAAAUCGGCAUUGGUGCGGAAGCGAUUAAGAAGGUUCUUGAGCGCAUUGACUGUGACGAAGAAAAAGUCCGUCUGCGUCAGGAACUGAAAGAGACCAAUUCGGAAGCUAAGCGGAAGAAGCUGGUCAAGCGUCUGAAACUGAUUGAGGCUUUUGCCGAAAGCGGUUGCCGCCCGGAAUGGAUGAUUCUGGACAUUGUUCCGGUUAUUCCGCCUGAACUGCGUCCUCUUGUUCCGCUAGAUGGUGGACGUUUCGCGACGUCAGACCUGAACGAUCUCUACCGCCGUGUCAUCAACCGUAACAAUCGACUGAAGCGGCUGAUGGAGCUGCGUGCGCCGGACAUUAUCGUCCGCAAUGAAAAGCGCAUGCUGCAGGAGGCGGUUGACGCCCUGUUCGACAAUGGUCGUCGUGGACGUGCGAUCACGGGUGCAAACAAGCGUCCUCUGAAGUCGCUGUCUGACAUGCUGAAAGGCAAGCAGGGGCGUUUCCGUCAGAACCUGCUGGGCAAGCGCGUUGAUUACUCUGGUCGUUCGGUCAUCGUCGUUGGUCCGGAACUGAAGCUGCACCAGUGCGGUCUGCCGAAAAAGAUGGCGCUGGAGCUUUUCAAGCCGUUCAUUUAUUCCAAGUUGGAAAAAUAUGGUCACGCGACCACCAUCAAGGCUGCAAAGCGUAUGGUGGAGAAAGAGCGUCCGGAAGUCUGGGAUAUCCUCGAGGAGGUCAUCCGCGAACAUCCCGUGAUGCUCAACCGUGCACCGACACUUCAUCGUCUUGGUAUUCAGGCAUUCGAGCCCAUUCUGGUUGAAGGCAAGGCGAUUCAGCUUCACCCGCUGGUCUGCACCGCAUUCAACGCGGACUUCGAUGGCGACCAGAUGGCUGUUCACGUGCCGCUUUCGCUGGAAGCCCAGCUGGAAGCCCGUGUGCUGAUGAUGUCCACUAACAACAUCCUCAGCCCGGCGAAUGGUAAGCCGAUCAUCGUGCCGUCUCAGGACAUUGUUCUUGGUCUUUAUUAUCUCAGCCUUGAGACGCCGGAAUUCAAUGCGGCGGCGGAUAAGGCUGAAUAUGACGCUGCGACAGGUAAGAUUCUGAAGGAAGGUCCGUCUGCCUUCGGUUCCGUCGGCGAGAUCGAGUGCGCUCUCACGGCCGGUGUCGUGAAGCUGCAUGAUAAGAUCCGCGCACGUCAUGUCACUGUUGAUGCAGAGGGAAAACAGACCUCUCACACGAUCAUCACCACACCGGGACGCAUGCUGGUCGCGCAGAUUCUGCCGAAUCACCCGGCAAUUCCGCUGUCUCUGAUCAAUCGUCAGCUGACCAAAAAGAACGUUUCUGACGUUAUCGAUGCUGUUUAUCGUCAUUGCGGUCAGAAAGAGGCCGUGAUCUUCUGCGAUCGACUGAUGGCUCUCGGUUUCCGCCAUGCAGCCAGAGCAGUAAACGGAUAUUGCGAUGACUUUAAUGAAAUGGAUUAUGAAAGGAAUUCAAGAUUUGAGAAAACUAUAUCGACUUCAGAAAAGCAUCUCCCGAAAAAUAAGCAACAAACUUCAGGAACAGCUCCAUCAAAUUUUAUAUCGUUUUCGAUUGCCUUCGAGCUUGAUUUUUAA